AGCUGGCAGCGGCGCUGCUGCAGGCACUUGCUCUGCUCAGCGAACUACUGCUGCAGCGCGCAGGACGGCGUGCGCACAGGCACAAGCAGUGCAAACAGAUUGUAAACCAGUCACGAGCCGCACACACAACAGCGAUCGGUGCAACAGCACUGGGACUCAGAGGCUGCAACCUCCUCGCCGCAUGAAGCGUCGCUACAUCCUACUGAUGCACCUGGCCCUCGCGCGAGCGCUGCGCGCACCGAUCCGGCCGCGCGCGGUCUCGCGCCUCAGCUCCUGGGGCGGCGACUACGACGAAGUAAGUACCGGCGACGGCGCGCGGAAGCCGAAGCGACCGGACACGCGGCCCGACUUUGCGAAGCCGAACUACCGCGAGCCACGUAGUCCUGGGAGAGGCGGUCGUGGCGGCGGCCGCGGUCGUGGCGCUGGCCGCGGUCGCGGUCGAAAUGAACAAACGUACGUGCGGCGCGAGCGCCAACAAAGACAUUGGGACGCGUUCAUGGAGGACGAUGGUAACGAGUUCGUCUACGGUAUCGCGCCGGUGCUGGCGGCGUUGAAAGCGGGUCGACGAUCGAAACACGCGUUAUAUGUGCUCGAGGAAUCACGACGGAAGGAGUCGCGGUUGGAUGCUGUCGAAGCAUUGGCGAGGGAGAACGAUGUGGAUAUCGUACAGGUGGAGAAGGGCCUGCUGAACGAAGCUGUUAAUGAUAGGCCGCACCAGGGGUGCAUCCUGUGUGCCUCGAAGCUCGACUUCGCAGUAUUGGAGGAAUGGACCCCGCCGGUCCAAGGCACCGGCUGGCUCGCGCUGGACGAAAUCGUAGACCCGCAGAACUUGGGGAGCCUGUGUAGGACCGCGCGGUUCCUCGGGGCCUCCGUUUUAGUGAGCGCCAAAAACUCGGCGCCCUUGAGUGCUGCCGCGUCCAAGGCGUCGGCCGGAGCUUUAGAAGAGGCGCCGGUCUACGCCGUGCCGAAUUUGCCUCGAGCACUGGAAGAUGCGAAAGCCCAGGGCUGGCGCGUGCUCGGCGCGGGCGUUGGCGACAACAGCGUGCCCGUAUCAGGUUUGGAUCCUACACAACCGUCCGUCUUGGUGGUUGGCAGCGAGGGAGAGGGCCUGCGGACGACCGUGAGGCGCGCGUGCGACGCGCUGGUGCAGGUCGGCUCUGCCCCUGAUAAUUCGGGCGUGGACUCUUUGAAUGUCGGCGUCGCCGGGGCCAUUCUGCUGCACCACCUGCUCGGUGGGGCGCCUAAGUAAGAAGCUUCCCUGUGCUCACUCCCGUCCGCGUCGGCGGCGUCGAGGCGACGCCGCGCCGCGCCCCCCGGUAC